AACAACAAUAGCUGCGUGCCUCAAGCUCAAGCUCACUGAUCUUUCACUCUCAAACCUCUGCCUUCCAUCUCCAUCAACCCCACAAGAAACAUCCAACAACAACAGCAAUCCAUUCCAUCAUCAGUGCCCCCAAGACUCACCGUCCCCCAGCACUCCUCCCAUUCUCUCCCUUCCUCCCCGCAUCGGCCAAUGAAACCUAAACAGAAACCAUCCCUCAGAAAAACUAUCAUCAAACGCUCCCAUUCUUCCUCCUUUGGUUUACUCCGUAACCAUCACCAUCAACCACGUGGGAAUCCCAAACUCAAUCGGUCCAGAAGAUUAACCGAACUUCAAAAGAAAGAGAUCGAACAGACCAGAAUUAAAUUAUUAGAGAAUUUACAAGAGGAAGAAGAAUUGAUCAAGACCAGUCAACAUCCGAUCCUCAUCUCAUUAGAAGAGAACCUCCAGAUCGGCAAAACCUUAAGGUUGACUCAAGCACAGCACAAGUUCGACCAACUCAAGACCUAUUUGGAUCGUCUGAAUCAUGAGCGCCAACAGAGAAUUUGGGAUACUUGGACUGAGACUAAAAUUCGAAUCCAAACCGAAAUGAUAGUCGAUUGUCAGAUCCGUUUGAAUCGUGCUCCAUUUGAGUUUCUUAUCUCGAAUGAUACAACCAAUUUACAAGCAAUCUUUCAUCUGACACCCACUCCACCACCGGCGUAUAUGAAACCUAUCCUGAGUCUGAAUCGACCGGAUCUGAAAGAAGUCACCACGGGAGCCUCGACGACGACGAUAGUGAGCGAUCGGCUAACGAUCAGCAAGUCGUCAGUGGAAGCCCACGGAGGACGGGCGGCGAGUGGGAGCAAUCAUCGGCGGGAGCCGGGCGGGCCGAACUCCAAUCUACAGGGCUCGAAUGGAUAUGGACAGGAGAGCUUGAACGGGAAGCGGAAGAUGGCGGGCACGAAGAACAACUCGUCCUCUCGGCCGCAUCUCCCUCUGUUUGACAACGCCACCGAUGAUGAGCUGGCUGAUAAUGAUCGGGAUGAGGGGCAGAAGCGAUAUGGUGAAGAUCAGGGAGUGGGGGAAGAAGGACAGCUCAAGGAAAGCAUGGAUCUGGUCGAAGGCCUCCGUCGUCAACGGAUCCGAAACCACUCGAUCUGGCAACUCGACCAGCACGAUAUCCUCGAUGAUCUUCAACUCAUCCAUCGCCAUCGUCGCAGAUUGCUUAAUCCUCCUCCCCCUGCUCCUCCUCAGAUCAAUCAUCAUCACCAUCAUCAUCACCAUCAACAACAACAACAUCAUCACCAUCAGCAGCAGCAGCAGCAGCCUCAUCAUCAUCAUCAUCCUUACGCUCAUCCCAAUCCUCCUCCUCGUCAUCAUCAUCAUCACCACCACCACCAUCACCACCACCAUCAUCUCUCAAAACCUUAACCGAUUCUUCUUCUUCUACUAGCAUUGACUCUUUUUUUUUUUUUUUUGUGUAUGUAUGUAUGUAUAGGUGUGUGUGUGGGUUUGUUUAUUAUCUUUCUUAGCUCAAAUCUUUUUCCUAUCAGUUGUUGACGUUUUUUUUUCAUGAUAAGACAAUCUUUCGAAAAACUAGUCAUAACUUCUCAUUUUCCUUUCCCUUUUUUUUGCGAUUCUUUAAAAUUAUUCUGGUUUUGUUUAUCACUUUCUUUCUUUCUUUUCUUUUCUUUUCUUUUCUUUUC